GUAGUACUUCUGGGCCAGCGCUUAUCAGAGGAGGAGGUGGCCUUAUCAGCAAUCCCGCCCUCCUGGCACCUUGCCACAAAAACAUUGCCGACACGCCGCGCGGUGAUACAUAUUGUCGACGACCAAAGCUUUUCCUCAUCUUGACGGCAAACAUACAUAUUGCGUCUCAUCAGCUGGGUUGGAUCGAUCUGCUAAAAGCAAGUUCCCAGCAGUUUCGCGUCAUGCUGGCGUCCUAGGCUUGAUGCUCCUACCUGGGAUGGCGUUGGCCAGCACGCAUUUGGCGCUGCGAGUUCUUGUUGAUGCGAGGCAUUUUGCGCAAGGUCGACUCCUGUGUCGCAUUUGUGUGCCUACGAGAUGCAGCUUUUCAUGCAGCGGUCAAAGAGCGAUGACGAAGCUAAGCUACUACCACCGACCCGGAAAGGAGCGCCUCUUUUCUUACACAAUAGGUGACGUUAUUGACAGGACAGCGGAAGCAUGGGGUGACAAUCUCGCCAUCGUGUCCUGCCACCAGUCCAUCAGGAAGACGUACGCCGAGUAUAAGACGGAUAUUGACCACUUUGCAGCCGCCCUGAUAUCGCUGAAGCUGGGCAUUGGCUCCAGAAUAGCAAUUAUAGCACCCAACAUGUAUGAAUGGGCCGUCGUGUUGUUUGCUGCUGCCAAGGCAGGUUUAGUAUUGGUCAACGUGAACACGACCUACGAAAUUCAUGAACUGGAGCACUGCCUGAAUCACACGGACUGCAAAGCUGUGGUUUUGUCGGAGCAGUUUUCGAAACAGGACUACUACAAGUUGCUCGUUAAAUUGGCGCCGGAGUUAACAUCGAGCUCUUUUGGGAAUCUCAAGAGUGCAAGGCUACCCAGCCUGAAGCACGUCAUAGUCAUUGGAGAAACAGCAAAACCAGGUACGGUUAAGUUUGCCGAUCUGAUGGAGUCUGUUACGAGUGAACACCUCCGUGCCUUGCGCUGUACUGCUUCCAAGUUGCAGAUGGACGACGCUGUCAACCUACAGUUCACAUCAGGAACAACAGGAAAGCCCAAGGCGGCACAGCUGUCUCACUUCAACAUAGUGAACAACGCCUAUCUUGUAGGCCGGCGGCUCAACCUACACAAGCAGGGAGAGGUGAUUUGUCUGAACGUUCCAUUGGUUCACUGCUUUGGCUGCGUCGCUGGCACAAUGUCGGCGGCCAUUUUCGGGUCUACGGCUGUAAUGCCGGCGCCAAGCUUCAGCGCCGCUGCUGCUUUGGAGAGUAUUACAACAGAUAAGUGCACUUUCAUCUAUGCCACACCAACCAUGUACAUUGACAUGCUACAGCAUGUGGAACACGGUUGUUACGACGUUUCAUCUGUUCGAACAGCUGUCGUGUCUGGUGCACCGUGCCCAAACCACUUGGCAAAAGGCAUCACGGAAAAGCUCAAUGCGAAACGAAUCCACGUAUUGUAUGGCACAACGGAAACGAGUCCAAUAAUUACAGCGAAUGACCCGAACGAACCUGCUAAUCAGUGGAUAACUUCGGUGGGAAGGCCCUUAGACCACGUUGAGGUAAAGAUCGUGGACGAUAAAAACAGGAUUGUUCCCGCUGAUCAGAGGGGCGAGCUGUGUGUCCGAGGCUACGCGGUCUUCAAGGGCUACUUCAAGGAAGAAAAGAAGACUAAAGAAGCCAUACGACAUGGCUGGUACCACACUGGUGACUGCGCCAUGAUGGCUGAAGAUGGACGGGUGGCCAUCCUGGGUCGCAUGAGGGACGUGAUCGUGCGUGGGGAUGAGCAUGUGCACCCGCAGGAGAUCGAGAACUUCCUCUACACCCAUCCCUCCGUGCAAGAAGUGCAGGUGGUUGGCGUCCCGGGCGAAGGACAAAAGGAGGAAGUAUGCGCGUGGAUUAAGCUGAAGCCAGGACUUAGCCUCAGCCAGGAGGACAUCAAAAAUUUUUGCAAGAGAAAGCUGAGCCACUACAAGAUUCCAAGAUACGUGCUGUUUGUGAGCGAAUUUCCCAAGACAGUAUCCGGAAAGGUCCAGAAACACGUCAUGAGGGAAGAGAGUCGCAAGAUACUACACUUAUGAGUCUUCUUCAACAUUCUUUGUACAUUAAGAAAGCCAAAUAUUCGCAGUAUAUUAGUGUCAGAAUAUAUAAUUAACUUUAUUUCUAUCGUUUACAUCCGAGUUAGAAUAAAUCAAGGAGCUUAAUAAAGUGAAAUUUUUAAUGUCAAAAACCUCACUUUUGCAUCGAGCAUAGCCGAUGUCGAGGUUAGCCAGGAGGAAAGCGAGGAAGGGGGAAGCUGUACAGCAGGUGAAAAAUAUAAAGAACGUGUGCGUGGCUUUGAAAUACAGAAAAAAAAGGAAAUAACAUUCGACUCCCCUGAAGUUCGUGCGCAAUUGAAGAUACAUCUACUUCUACAGAAAUAUAUGUAUAUUCUACAUCUAAAUAUGGAACAGUUUUCUUUUCCACAGAUGUAAGUACACAGCUACGUAUGCAUGGUGUAUGAAACUUGCAUGCAACAAUGAACGUAAUAUACACACAGUCGAGCUUGCACUGUGUCUGCGCAUUAAUUAAAACGAAUGUACAGAAGCUUUUGAUUAUCUCUACACGUAGGACGUAAUCACUGCAGCACUCAAUAAGUGACUAAUAUACGCGUAUUGUAACGCGGCAUAAAAGAGAGGUUGAAGAAGAGGACGACGACGGUCUCUGCAGCGAGCAGCAGCAGUUCAACCGCUAUCUUCCCGAUUGACCAUCUCUGCCAGCCUUCAUCUGUAAAUUAACACACAAUCACCCGUAA